GUGUUUGUAAACAAAUAAAUUCCCAUUUGCAUUUUUUAAAAUGUUUAGUGCAAAUAUUAUAAGAUUUUGUAAAACCAGUGGUAAAUAUUCAGUCAAAAACGUGAACAAACUUUAUUCACACACAUGGUAUUGCUCAAAAUGCUGUUGCUUUUGUAGCGUUCCAAGAAAGAAUGAAUUAACAGAUUUUAAAAAAGAUAUCCUUGGCCCUUACCCUGCUGCUUAUGAACCCAAAGAGGUUGAAAGUGGUUGGUACGAAUGGUGGGAGAAGAACAAGUUUUUUAAUCCUGAUUUGAAUUCAAAACAUCGAAAAGAAAAUAAGCCAUCCAUCUUUCGCCUUGCACUGCCUCCCCCAAAUGUUACAGGAAAUCUGCACAUUGGGCAUACACUUACUGUUGCCAUUCAAGACUGUAUUUCAAGAUGGCGAAGGAUGAGAGGAGAAACAGUGUACUGGUUUCCAGGUUAUGAUCAUGGAGGUAUCGCCACUCAGACAGUCGUAGAAAAGAAAUUGUUCAAGGAGAGGAAUUUGAAUCGACAUGAUUUAGGAAAGGAAGUUCUUUUAAAAGAAAUCAAUGAUUGGAGAACUCAAACACAGAAGAAUAUUGAGAUGCAGUUGAAGAAACUGGGAUCUUCACUCGACUUUACCAGAACUUCUUUUACAAUGGAUGAGAAUGCUUCAAAAGCUGUGACAAAAGUCUUCAUUCAACUUUUUGAAGAUAAUUUGAUAUAUCGAAAAGAAAAACUAGUCAAUUGGUCCAGUGAAAUAAGAUCAGUUAUUUCAGACAUUGAAGUAGAUCACGUAGAAAUACCGGGUAAAACGAAGAUUAGAAUUCCAGGCUUAGCAGAUCCAGUAGAACUGGGAUUGUUGGACUAUUUUUAUUAUCCCAUCGCAAAUUCAAGUGAUAAAAUUCUGCUGGCAACCACACGUCUCGAGACCAUGUUGGGGGACUCUGCAGUGGCAGUAAAUCCCAAUGAUUCAAGACACUCUCAUUUGGUAGGGAAGUGGGUGGCUCACCCUUACACUGGCGAACACUUGCCUAUUAUAGCAGAUGAGAGCAUCAAUAAAGAUUUCGGCUCAGGGGUGUUAAAAGUCACACCUGGUCAUGAUUUUAAAGAUUUUGAGCUUGCAGAAAAACAUAAAUUGAAGUUUAAUGAUAUUUUAAAUGAUGAUGGUACUAUUAAUCAAGAAAUAGAGAAUUUCAAGGGCAAGCAUCGCUUGAUUGUGCGCCAGUUGCUGAGGGACAGCUUGUCAAAUAAAGGCCUUUUCAAGGAAUCUAAAAGCCAUGCCCUCAGCAUUCCGUUCUGCAGCAGGACUGGCGACAUAGUGGAACCCCGACUCAAGGAGCAGUGGUAUUUGGACUGCACCGACAUGGGCAGGAAAGCUGUCAAGGAUGUUCAAGAUGGCAAAUUGUACUUUGUCCCGGAUUAUCAUCAAAAAGUUUGGCAUGAAUGGUUCAAGAAUCUCAAAGAUUGGUGUAUCUCAAGGCAGCUAUGGUGGGGACAUCAGAUACCUGCAUAUAGGAUAUCAGUCUCAUCUGAUUCACAAGUAAAUUAUUGGAUUGCUGCUAGUAGCAAGGAAGAAGCUAUUCAAAAAGCAUCGGAAAAAUACAAAUUAAACCCUGAAAGUGUUACUGCUGUUCAAGACAAUGAUGUAUUAGAUACUUGGUUUUCCUCUGCGUUGUAUCCGUUGACUGCUGUCGGAUGGCCAUCAGAAGAAGAAAACUUGAAUAAAUAUUAUCCUCUCAGUUUGAUGGAGACUGGGUUUGAUAUUUUGUUCUUUUGGGUUGCUAGAAUGGUAAUGCUAGGACAACACUUGACGGGAAAGCUGCCAUUUAAUGAGGUUUUGCUGCACGGGAUGGUGUGCGAUGCCUAUGGUCGUAAAAUGACCAAGUCCUUAGGGAAUACUGUUGAUCCCUUAGAUAUAAUUCAUGGCAUAUCAUUAGAGGACUUGUUGGAAAGAACAAAGGAAUCCCAAGGCAUUCUGACUCCUGAGGAACAAAAGGCCAUCACAUCAGGGUAUAAGCAUAAUUUCCCUAACGGUAUACCUGAAUGUGGUACAGAUGGGUUACGCUUUUCAUUAUUGUCACACGAUAUUCAAAGUCAGAAAAUCAAUAUUGACAUCAAAUCCAUCCGAACAUGUAGGCACUUCUGCAACAAAAUCUGGCAAGGCAUUAGAUUAUUUACCAAAAUAAUUGAAAAUUGCCCAAAAACUAGCAUUAUUCCACUUACAACAGAAGAAGUUCUGAAUCUACCAAUGAACGAUGUCGACCGGUGGAUUUUGAGUCGCUUGGCUGGAUUGGUGGCAGUCAGCAACUCAAACUUUGAGAGGCAUGAAUUUCAUCUGACAGCUGCUGCCGUGAGACAGUUUUGGGUGCAGAAUUUCUGCGAUGUUUACUUGGAAUACGUGAAAGCAACUUUAGCAACUGAUGAUGAGAAACGUCUUUUCUUCUCUCGUGUCAUGUUGACCUGCAUUGAAACAUUUCUGAGGGUCAUCGCUCCGAUGAUGCCAUUCCUCGCUGAGGAAUUAUAUCAGAGACUACCAUCAUUUGCCAACGUUAAUCCUGCUGUGAGCGUUUGUGUGGCAUCAUAUCCUUUGCAAGAAGAAUAUCUGGGCUGGAGGAAUACUAUGCUGGAGGCAGAUCUGCACACAAUCACCGAGUUGAUUGAGAUAGCCAGGUCACUGAAAGCAAGGCAUGGAGCAACCAAAGUGAGACCUCCUGUUACCAUUGCGGUAGAAGAUGAAAAUACCUUUCAAGCACUGAACCCUUUUAGCAAUUUGAUAGUCCUUCUUGCUAAGCUGGAGUCUGUGACCUUUCACCUCACCCAAGGUCAAGAGUUUUUUGAGCACCACCCACAAGAUACCUGGGUGUUUCAGAAUCACGAUCAUGGCAUCUCGGUCAUCAUGGACUUAGGCGAAAUGUCUGGCAUACAGCGGGAGAAUCAAAAGAACAAGCUGGAACGUAUUCGCUUGGAGCUCAACAAGCUGAAUAAAAUGCUCUCUCACAGUGGCUAUCGAAAGAAUGCUUCGUUGAGUGUACAAGAAAAGACGAUGGCAAAAAAAGCAGCACUUGAAGGAGAAUUGCAAAAGCUUCUGAGCCAGAAUGGCAAAAGUGAAUUGGAAAAGAAAAAAUUAACAUUCUCCUGAGAUUGAAGCAGAAUUUUUCACAAAACUUUUUACCAAAAGUGUCUCAAGUUUGGAAGGCAUCCCUAAAUUAGUUUACACUUGACUCUUCAAGUUGUGAGACACCUAGUCAUUGCCUCAUUUCCACAUUAUUUGUUUUCUUUUAGUUUCUGCCCAUUUUGAAUUGUUAUGUUUAAGUGUACCGCUGCUUAAUUAAUAUUUAUUGUAUUAGUACUCAUCAUUAGCAUGGUUGCACAAAUAACGCUGCUAGGGCACUUCAUCUGUGCAUAUUUGUGAUGCCUAAAUUGAAUUUAGGAAUGAAAAAAUUAUUAUUUUUUUUUUUGGAUUAAGGGGUCAGAUUAGCUCUGAAACAUUAAAAAAAAAAAAAAAACUAAAGUAAAUAAAAUAAUUCUUUUAAAUCUUGGCAUGCAUACUUAUUUAGCAAUCAAUAAUUUAUUUUCAAAGCUUCAAAAUAUUGCCCACUUUAAAUAAAAAGAAAAAAUCAAUUCUUUAAAAUUCCUCAGUUUUUUUUGUUUUCAAAAAUGUUUUUUGCUGAAUGAUCACGAACAUCAUCUCUAAAAAUCUGUGCAUUCAUUUGCUUAUAUAUUUAUUUAAAAUUUUUCUGAGAUUAAUUAUGUAAAAAAUGGUAAACAUUUUUUGACAAAUUUUGUUAUUAAAAGUAUUUUAUGCUCUAAACGCUUUAGUAAUUUAUACAAUGCUUAUUCAAUGCACAGUUUUGUUAAAUAUAUUAUCCUGACUCCAAAAAGUAUUACUUUAAAGCUGUAUCUUAAAAAAUAAAAAAAAAUUCUUAUGGUUUCCAAUAACAUGAAAACACACACACAAAAAGAGAUCAUUGAGGAAAAGCAAUUUAAAGUUUUUUUUUUUUUUUUUUUUUGCAUAAGAACAUAUAGUGAGCAUGACCAGAACCACUCAUAACGUUUUAAACAGUAGAACUAAAGCGAUGAAAUUUUUCCCCUGUGUUAGGAAUAAUUUUUAGUUUGAAAUAAGCAGUAAAAAGUUUUUUGAUCAUUUGGCCAUUUUUGAAGUGAUGGUGGUUGAAAAAAGCACAUUCAUUUAGUCUUUUUGGCUACUGAAACUAUAAAGCUAUAUUGGCGAGGGAGAGACGUGGGGAGGGGGGAGCCAUGUUACUAUUUUUGCAGCAGUGCUGGUAAUUAUAUUAUAUUGUUCUUGCUUUUCCGCUUAGCUAUGUAAGACAAAGUAAAAUAAGUUAGAUUUAAUUUUACUUUAACUCGACAAGAGUGACCGAUGCAACGAAAGGAGUGUUAUCUAUUCAAUACACAUGAGCAAUUCUAUCGGAAAUAAAUAAUAAUAUUGCAAAGAAAAAAUGAGAUUCAUUUGUAUUUGUUAAUUUUAUGAGAUGUUGUGCAUUGUAAGAGUUAAACCUGAAACGUAAUUUGUCAAAUUUGUUCUGUGGUUUUUCAUUUGUAUUUCCUUCAAAAUAGCUUCAAGUUCAUAUUUCACCAAUAUAAAGCCGUAAAAUUAUUUUCUUGGUCAUUCAUUCAUGAACAUGUAAGUCAUAAAAUUUUCGUUAGCUAUGUACAGUUUUUACUUUUUACGUGUCCUUGUGUAAAAAUAUCUCAUAAAUUAUGACCAAGAUUUUGGAAAGUAAUAACGGAAAAUUAUUGUGAAAAUCUCUUGACGAACUUGAUUGUUAAGAUUUACAGUGAAAAACAUUUAACACAAAACUAAGUGGACCGACAUAUUUUUUCAUGUUAAAAGAUUUGUAUGAAAUGGAAUAUCAUACACUUCAGACCAUUGCAUCAUUUCAUGCUAACUAAUUUUUCAUGUGAAGCCUUUUCGUGUUAAAGGUUCUUCACUGUAUUCAUUAGAGUUAAAGAUUAUGUAUGUAACACAGGCAGGGGUGGAAAAAGAAUAUCACUCUUGGGGAGGGGGUCAUGAUGCACAAUGACCUCCCCCCAUGAACGAACCUAUGAUUUUAGCUACAAAGGAACUCUGAAACUGCUUGGGUGUCCAUAGAAAGCACAAAAUGGGCCAGGAAUAAGGCACAUAAUAGGGCAUAAAUGUUACUAAUUAAUUUCAUAAGCAAAUGAAAAGAAUUAGGAUUUCAAAUACAGUAAAACUCCUCCUAACGGACAACCCUCAAAUCUGUACCUCAGAGCCAGAGGAACGUAUGUCACAUUAUGAUAAUUUUACAGUAGAGAGAAAAACUUUUUUCUGGUCCAUGCAAAGGAUGGGACGCACGCUCUUUUACCCUGGUAAAAAAUUGAAAAGGAUAUUUUUUUUAAAGAAGUAUGUUCACAUGGCUCCAUGUGGAAUAGGCUUCUACAUACAAUGCACUAAUAAACAGAAAAUCACAAUUUUUGGACUUACGUCCGUCUGGCUCUGAGGUACAGAAAUGCAGACAAUUUUUAAUUCCCUGAUUCCAAUUCAAAUAAUAUUAUUAAACCCCUGUCCAGCAGACACCCCUCUUCUGCGAACAAAAAUAUGUGUCCCGUUAGGGUCCACAUUAGAGGGACUUUACUGUAUUUACUUUCAAAAAUAAUUAAUGAAUUGUAAAAACUACUGAAAUCGUCUACGUUUCGAUCAUUAAGAGUUUGAGCAAAAAUUUGGGACAGAUAAUAUUGUCAACGGUUUAGGGGGAGGGGUCAUGCCUACCAUGAUCCUACCCUUGCAUCCACUCCUGAAGGCAAAAGCAUAUGCAGGGUAAGGGCUUGGAAUUUUACCCAAUCCUUUUUAAAAAUGAAAAUUAAACUAAAAAUAUAAUCUGUAAAUGUACAUGUCUGUAUAUGUAUGUAUUAUAUAUUUUUUUUAAUGGAACCUUUCUAAAAAUCUUGCUUGUGUCACUGCUAUGAAUGUAAAAAGCUUUAAUGGGGUUGUUUCUUUCAGGCAAAAGUACUACUUUUAGUCGCUGACAUUGAUAGAAUGAGUAAAAAAAAAUAACAUGGACACAGAAAAUACUUUCAUUCUCCCAACAGUUAUUUUUAAAUUAAUUUUUUAAAAUGUCGAUUUUGAAAACAAGGCGUGGUCUUUAUGACGUCACAAAUGAUGCAAUUUGGCACAUCUUUCUACCACGGUUCCACGUUAUGAUAAUCAAGAAGCGAAUUAAAUAUUGCACUCUAUGCUUGCUAUCAACCAUAUUGUUGCAAAUACACGUGAGUAAAGAUGCGAAUUAAAUAUUUUGUUCUGUGAAUGGCAACACUGAAUGGCAUUUCAUCAUUUGUGAUGUCUCACGACAGAAGCGUAAACAAUGAAAACGCACGGAUUUAAGUAAUUUUUUAAAAAUAUUAAACUUAAACAAAUUAUUUAAAAAUGGUCAGAUCCUAUGUUUUUAAGCUUGCUCUUUCAGAAAAAAAUGCUUUUAAAAUUUUGGAAACGACCCCAUUCUCUAAUACAUGUUUUUAAAAAUAAAUGAUAAUUUUAGUUACUGAAAAAAUGAUGUACAAGAUCAAAAUGUUUGAAACGAAAUGUGAUACUAGAAAAUUGAUUAUUUAUGUUUGAUUUGAAAUAAAGAAAUCUGAAAUUAUUUAUCAUAACAAUAUUUUUUACCAAAGAUAAUUAGCCACUCGAGUAACUAGUAUUGAAUUUUAGAUGAAAACAUUUUGUAACUAUAAAACUAUUGUACUUACACAUGUUUGCAGUAUUAAGAGUUCGUUUGAUGUAUGUUUUGUAUCUGAAGUUGUAUACUAUAUACAAAAGUAUAGCAGGCAAAUGAACAAAGCUGUAGAUGUCAUAAAAUAAAUUAAAUGUAUUGUUAAAAGUU